AUGACUGCUGCACGGAGUUCUCCAGAGGCCACCACAGCGGCAGCAUGUGCAUCCCCCGAGGAAGACUUGGAAAGCGUCGAGGAUGAUGACGUCACCGGUGCCGAAGCUCGUCAGAAGCGGAAGCAGCGGCGCGAGGCCCGGGAGGCGGCGAGGCUACAGCGUUUGGCACAGAAGGCUGCGGCUCGCCGCUCUGGACCCUCCGCAGAGGAGCUACGAGCACAGAAAAUCGCCGAGAAGGCGGCAGCUCGACGGGCCAAGGCCAGGGGUGCCUUAAAGGAACCGAGCCAGCAAGGCACCGAGGAGCCAGACACCAAGCCGAUGGAACAGGGCGAGCCCCUUCCUGAAGAAGAAGCGGCCCCUCCGACUGCCCAAAACGGGCAUUCCGUUGAAGGCAAAGAUGGCAAAGAUAAGAAUCACAGAGAGCCGGUGAACUCAGAGAGCAGGCCGAGCAAGCUGUGUGCCGAAAAUCUGGCACCCGAGAGUGAAGCAAACGAGAAAGAGGAUAAGACCGCAGAAAAGGACGCAGCAACACGGAAGCAAGAGGACACGCCGAAGGAGCAAGCCAAGGCUGAAGACAAGAAGGAGGCAAAAGAGGCAGUCCGAGAUGAACUGCCUCACCGAAAGCGAAAGAUGCGGGAGGAGGACACCAAAGAAGAAAGGAAAGAAGGCAGAAGAUCCCGAGACAGGCGGCGGCGAGCCGAGGAUCACAAGAGGAGGCGCUCCAGCGGCAGUCGAAAAGGACAUCGGCGUCAUCGUAGAAGACGAGACAGUAGGGAUGGCAGCCUGGGGAAGGGUGCCGGCACAAAGAAGAAAGAUGCCAGCAGGUCACGAUCUGCAAAGAAGCCUGCCAGACGGGCUAACGCCAUCUCACCGCCAAAGCCCGCGAAAGCUCGUCCUGCCGUUGGAGCACGAGUAAAGGUGUUGACCGAAAAUGAGGACAAAGAAGGCCUCUACUAUGACGACGAUCGGGUUGGUUCGAAGGGAAUGACCGGACGAAUUGUCGAGGAUGAUACCUCUGAGCAACCUUUUCGUGUCAAGCUCAAGAACGGCAAGCUGUCCUGGUUCAAGGAAGAGUGGCUUGAGGAGCUCGACGGUGGGUCAUCCUCGUCGAGUUCUUCAUCUUCUUCCUCAGACUCGUCCGGUGAAUCGGCCGAGGAUGCAGCUGGCAAUGCUCAAAGCCCCGGUGAUGAGGCUGUCGCCUUUGCUUGGGAGAGAACUCCCAAGAAUUUGCCUGCAGCGGGCCUGGCAGCUUAUGCCUUGAAUGGGGCCGGCGGCGUCUCCCCCCUUGCUGCCGAGGUGGAGACAUUCCUCGCAACUGCAAUGGUGGACGGACAAGCUGCUCAACGCUUGCGAUGCAUGCCUGCCCACCAGCAGCGAAUGGUCAUGGAUCGCGGACCAAUUGCUGGGAGCAGAGCACCUGAAGGGGUGCUCGUUGCUCGCAUCCGCGAUGCCGAGCUGGGACGUGCUGGACCAGGAGCCAUGGGUGCCAUUCCAAUGAACGGCGGCCCACCCUCCUCCAAUCCCGAGAUCGAGAAGUUCAUCUCCAAGUGGAGCCUGGAUGUCAAGGCCUCCUGGAUGUUGCGCAGCCUGCCACCUGACAAGCACGAGACGGUGCUGAAGAUGUCGGUAGAGAAGGCCCGCAAUCCUUCCGCCUAUAUCAUCUCCCAGAUGAAUUCGUUGUUUGGCGGAGUUCAAGGCAUUCAGGAACUUCAAAGGAUGAAUGCCCUUGCCAAUGGAAAUCGCGACGCAAUGCUAAUGGUGCCCAAGUUCAACAAAGAGCCAAACUUCAACUUAACAGCUGCGGCUUGGCUUCCUUGUUACAAUUUGAUGGCUGUUGACUGCACUAUCGCCAGACUCUGGCCGAUUCAAGCGGAGCAGGUUGCAGGCGUAGAACUAGGAAUGUGCUUGAUCCAUCAAACUGCGUUGGCCAACGCAUGUCAAAGGCCCUUCCAGCUUGCUGCAGGCCAUGAGAUGGAGCCGAGGGUCAUGCGAUGUAAACCUUUCGAUUCCGCGGCUGCAGAGUUGGUCGACAAGCCUCCACUCUUUGAAGCAGCUUCGAUCCGAGAAGGCGUGAAUCGUGCAGCUCUUGCCUGUGCUUUCCUGUGCUUGUGCCAAGCCAUUGCUUUGAGGCUUCAGGCCGACAAGUGCUCGGAGGUGCAGCUGCUAAAGCAUCGAAAAGUUCGAGAGCAGCGCAUUGCGGUGUUGAAAGGUUGGAUUCGCAAUGUUCAGUUGCGGCUUGGAUUUCCUGAUCAACUCAGAUGGCUCUCCUCUACGUCAAGCUGGGUCGACAUGGAGCUAGGACCCAUGUACCUUGUGCUGGGCGAGGAUGAGGAAGAAGAGAGCUUCCUGCUACAGGCAAUGCGAAGCGUCGUGAUCGACAGUUACGACGCCACGGUCGUACGCGAUAUUCACGCCAAGCUUAAGCGAGCUAUCCAGGAAGAGCCAGCAGGCUGGCAAACAUACCAGCGAGCGAUGCCUGAGGUGGAGCUUUGCACACUUGCGCUGUCAACAUGUCUAAACAAUGGCCCCAGUACCAUGAGGGGCCUAGGUUGGAAACUUGCCCCGUCGGAAAUAUUCAGCAGCCGAAAAACCAUCCCCCAACCGUCCAAGCAAACCUGCAAGGAGAAGCGAAAGGCUGAGAAACAUGGCCGACCUGCGCUUCUGCACCGGCGAGAUGAGAAUUGA